AAGAAAUAAUAACUCGAAUCGCGAGUGAUAACUACGAAGGGGGGAAUAUUGGUUUACCGGCGAAUCCAACUUUAGAGGAAAAAACUAAAUACAAACUUUGUAAGUCUAUUUUGGCUUAUCAACAAAGAAAUAAAUUACCUUUAGAAAGAUUAGCAGAAAAAUUAGCCAUUAGCGAAGAAGAAUUAUAUGAUAUUUGCCGCGGAAAGAUUAAUGAUUUCUCAGUGGCCCGCUUGAUAUCUUACUUAGAAAUAUUAACCCCCAACUAUGAAUUAUUAAAAGAUGCAAUUUCAUCACUUUUUACUUCUUAA